CCGGCAGCACAGGUUGGGUUGUUGUGGACUGAACAGUCGGACAUGUUGGGCUCCAGGUGCAUUGUGGGUAAUUAUCUGCAUGUGGGAGGAAGCGUCAUGCUGCGUCUUCAAAGGCUUUGUCAAAAGGAAGGCCCUCGGCCGACCCACAACCACUUCCUGUGUCUGAAAGCACGGCCUCCACAGAUGACCCAGAAGCGGUUCUUGUCUCAGGGUCCAGACCCGUCCAGCUCACGGGUCUCCAUGAACCUGAGGAACCGGAUGCUGAUCUCCAUGCUGGUUGGUGGUGGUCUUCUGGGGGCCUGGUGGUACGUGGACUUGGAGAAGCAGCAGAAGAUCCGGACCCAGCGGGUCAAGCAGCUGAAGAAGGCAGCUGUGGGUCAGGGAACCUUCAGUCUUCUGGACCACACGGGCCGGCGCCGGACCAAGCAGGACUUCCUGGGCAGCUGGGUUCUGAUCUACUUUGGGUUCACUCAUUGUCCCGACAUCUGUCCUGACGAGCUGGACAAGCUGUGUGCCGUGGUGUCCGCUCUGGACCAGGACCCCUCACUGCCCCGGGUCCAGCCGCUCUUCAUCACCGUGGACCCGGAGCGCGACGACGUGCCGGCGCUGGCCCGCUACGUGAAGGACUUCCACCCCCGUCUGAUUGGACUGACGGGAACACCAGAGGAAGUCAAGCAUGCGGGACAGGACUACAGGGUCUACGCCAACCAUGGACCCAAAGACCAGGAUGGAGACUACAUUGUGGAUCACACCAUCCUGGUGUACUUAGUGAGUCCUGACGGGCUCUUUCUGGACUAUUACAACAGAAUGAAGAACCAGGACCAGAUCCAGGACAGUAUCAAGAACCACAUCAAGAACUAUGUCAGACUUUAGAGACCAGAACCAGAUCAGGAAGUCCAAAUGAAGCCAGAUGUUUUUCUCCUCUGUAAAUAAAAAACWAUCGUUUCUUCUCUUCUUUGAUCUGUAAACCCUUUGAUCUUUAACUGAUCCUUCUCCCAUUUUUAGAGUAUAAAAUAAAUACAGAAGCAACAUCUGAGUUUUCUUUUU